GCGAUGGGGAUCUGCCUAGGGGGGCGGUCCUGCGGUCAAGUAUGGGGUGUGCCUAGGCCCAGGCACGGGCUCGGGUUGGCGGUUGACUCCAGGCGAUGGAGGAAGAGGGGCCUCAGGGUUUGAGUGAAGCCGCUCCGUGUGGGAUUGUGCAGCAACAGUGUGAGGACGGGACAGCGUGCCCUGUGGAGGCCGGUGCGGAGUCUGAGCAGGAGGCGUUGCUAUGGAACACGGCGAGCUGCUAUUCGAGUUAUUUAACAGCUACAGCCCAAGCGGAGAUUCAACAAUUGGAACAAAGUUUAGAAGAAAUGCUCACUAGAGUCGAUGAAUUCUGUGGGAUGUUGGACAUGAUUCGAAAUGAUUCUUCUCAGAUAAUGAAUGAAAAUAUCCCUGAAAUCCAUGCGAAAGCAGAUGAAAUGAAGCAAUUAUACAACAAGAUUGAUAAAUUAGAGGCCUUUGUCAAGAUGGUUGGACAAAAUGUAUGUGUUCUAGAUAAUCAAGUGACACAAGCUGAAGCCGAAGUUGGAACCUUUCCCAGUGCAUUUAGAAAAAUCUGGAACUCAAUCGGCUCUCCAGCAUUCCUUAAUAAAUCAUCAUUGCCUAAGAGACAACAGCAAAAAUGUGAUCCUCCAGCCCUCUUCCGGACAGAAGAUUACUUCCCAGUGCAGAACUCUUAGCACAUGAAUUAUAACAUUGAAAGAAUAGCAGCACAAAGGAGGAAACCUACCUGCCUAAACCUACUGGAUGCACUGUCAAUCACUUCAAUAAUGAAGUCAUUUCCUUUAUGAAACAAGCUGGUGUUCAAAACCUCCAGAGGCCAACAUUCUUGUCUUCCUUUUUAAUAUCAAAAUAUUGUUUUUGAUAUGAAACUGCUUAAAUAUAUGCACAAAGUUAAUAUUGCUAACAGAUCAGUUUUGAACAGUAUUGAUAUUUGUCUACAGAUUUAUAGUUGCCAAAGAUGAGUUUUUAUGCUGAUCUCAAGAGUUUAAUUUGAGACUCUGAUAUUUGCUGAUUUAAUGAUAUAUAAUAUCCAUUCUCAUGCCAAGGCAUUUUUUUGCACUUUGUUUGCCUUAAAACACACAUUGAGCUUCCAUUACUUACUUUCUGUAUACGCAGGGUGAAAAAAUUACCUGCUUUUUUUCUGCAGAACAAAUGGUUUGUUUUUUAAAAGAAAUUAUACAAUUAACUACUUUAGACACUGGGUUUUAUACACUUUCUUUUAUGCUGGAAAUUAUUAAAUUGCUGUUCAACAUUGUAUCCCCCAACAGUGCAUGGUUUAUUUGCUUUUAAAAAAGGUAAAAGAUGUAUUCAAUUUCCAAAGAAAAUUGAAAGCAAGUCAGGUUGUAAUAUGUCACUGUCAGUAUUGGGAUACAUUAGUAUUAUUUAAAUUUGCAUUGGUGCAAAUCAGAAUUUGGUGAAACUGAGUUGUCGAUGAUGCUACAUAGAUUCUGCAGCAAGGUGAAAUAACCCAUUCUCUAAAACUCCUGGUUUGGAGAAUGGUUUUGGAUUUAGGCUGCAUUAACACUUAACCACAGUAUCAGCGUGAAAUAAAAUUGAUUUUUUUUUCCUGACACUACAA